CGACGUCAUCACUCCGCGUCUCCACUCAAGAUGGCUACCUAGUGUGGGGAGUAGUGCAACACGUUAUAUCAACACAGGUGCUUCAGUCAGUCGUUCAACAGCAGCUUUACCCGCACAUGUCUUCAGAGACAGCCGCCCACAGCGAGACAUGAAGUCGGACGUGGAGGAGCUGAUGCCGAGGCUGCUGCCCGUAGAGUCUGGAGCCGGUGCAGAGGACCUGGACCUGAACGGACCGCCGAGGAACCCCCGGGAGUACCUCCGACAAGUGCAGUUGGAGGCGUCGCUGUGUCCAGAGGUGGUGGUUGCUCAGAUUGACCCCAAGAAACUGAAGAAGAAACAAACGAUCAAUGCCUCUGUGGCGGGUUGCCAUGCUGCUCCAGAGGGUUUCUCCCCCAGCCUCAGUUGGCAGCGGCACCAAGUCGGUAACUUCUCAGAUGUCAGACAGAGCAUCACAAAGAACAGGAUUCACUGGAGCAGCCACACUCUGGAUGACAAUGUGCUGAUGCCACAGCUAACAGACGAGGAGGGCUGGAUGAAGUUUUGUUUAGGAGAGACGGUCUAUCUGGGAACCUCGUCCUGCAACACAGAUGCUGAACCAGAGCCGGCACUGGAUUACAGCAAGGUGGGCUUCCCUCCCUUCCUCACCAUAGUCAGCAGACUGAACCAGUCCACAGUGCUGAUGGUGUUGGAAAUACUGAUCUGCUGGUUUGAGGAACACGAGUUUGUUCCACAGUUGGGUCGCUGGUUGUACGCUCUGUUGGCCUGCCUGGAGAAGCCUCUGCUGCCCGAAGCCCACUCCUCCAUCAGACAGCUGGCCAGGAGAUGUGCUCAGCUCCGCAGCACACUGGAGAGUCAGGAGGAUGAGAAACUGCCUGCCCUCAACCUGCUCAUCUGCCUGGUUGCCAGAUACUUUGAGCAGGGUGACCUGGCUGACCAGACGGAGUGAACACGGGGUUUAGUAAAAUAUAGAGACAUUGAGGAGGAAUGUGUUGCAUCCAUCUUAAUGACGGUGAAGCAACAAGAAACUUAUGGACUAUUGAAGAUGGAGACUAUUAAAAACAACGGAGAGAACAACCACGAAGUGAGCUGUGGCGACUCUGCAUGUUACAUGACAGUUGAAGACAUAACCAAAACAUCUGGAUCAUUAUCUUUUCAAUGAACCAAGUCAUUUGGAUCUCUGCUGAUGUUACAGGACAACAACCAAAGCAUGGGAUGAUUAUCAUUUUUCAUUAUUUGUGAAUUUAGUUCUGGGGUUUAUGGAUGUAUGGAUUUUUCUAUUAAACUGUGAUUUACUACUACGUGU